AUGGCUGAAAACGAUGGCUAUCAAUCCCCUUAUGAGCCGCAGCUCACGCCUGUCGGGGAGAAGUCCCUGCCGGCCAAAUGCAAGGCAGGCGCGCUGGCGUACUGCCCGACGAUGGAUCUGAUUGCCGUAGUCACAGAAGACGACGAACUACGCGUCUGCCGACUCAAUGGUCAAAAGGUCUUUGGCGGCUCUUACAAGGGCGAUCCGUACCUUGACGAGGAUGAAGGUGGGGGGGAGAUUCGCGGGCUGAAGUGGAAGAACACAGGUCAUUUACUCGCAGUCGCGUGUGCGGAUAAUACCGUCCGUAUUAUCAGCGCCUACAGUGGCAAAACAGUCCACCAUUAUCCUGCGUACCAGCAGUCUGAGGACGACGUCGGUCAGUCGGUCAAGGUGACGUGUGUGGGCUGGGGCGUGAAUUUCACGGAUACGAAGGUCGCGCAGCGGCAUCUGCACGACGCCGCUGGGCAGGUUACCGUCGAGGAUCUGCUGUCGCCUGAUGCCCAUCCGUCCCGAGCGGCGGCUCUGCUUAAGGCGGAUCUGCCGCGAGAGCUGGCGCUGUUGGAUGUUGAGUCUUCUUUGCCGAAGCUGAGUACCUUGCCUGCGACGGGAAGCGACUCUCGAGCGUCGAUUGACGCUAUCUUUCAUUCAUCGACCAAAAAAACCAGCGACGCCGUUGAUGUGCUGCUCGUCGGGUUUGACGAUGGCACGGUGCAUCUGCGUAUCUUCGACUGUUUUGAGAUUGGCUCUUUCCAGGUGACAGCUCCGCCUGGGAGUUCCGGAUCCUAUCAGAUAGUCCGACAUGCCUCUCAUCCGCUGAGCUCGACUCAUGCGCUUCUGGCUAUAGCCCCGGAUGGUACUCCGAGCCCGUUGCAUCUGCUCACGCUCGACCUGCGCUUCAUCACCCGGUCCGGGCGCUAUCUUUCGCUGUUGGCACACAAGACGACGCAGCUACAGAAUCUGCUGCGGUAUAUUGCUCAGGUUCAGAGGCAGAUCGAGCUCGAGUGGAAGAAUGCGCAGGAGUUACCGGCGCGGUACAUGCGCAGCAUUGAUCAGGAUCUGCAAGAAAAGUGUCAUUGUGAUUUUGUCACGGCUGCGUACCAUCUUGUCGUGACGGGGGACUGUUUUGAGCCUCUGAAGGAGUUUCUGGUGGAAAUUGUCGGUGAAAGGGGUCAUAAGCGAUGGGAGAAGGCCGUAUCGUCUGGCUACGAGAAUGUCCGACGGUUGACCCAUGAAUGCCUCCUUCCCGCCUUGGAAAGAUGUCAAGUGCUGCUUAGUCGAUUGGUCGGUCUUUCCAAGUUCCACAAGCUGAGUGAGGUGCUGGGGCUGGAGACGUCGGACCUCAACGCUAUCGUGGAGACGCUCGACUGUCUCCAUCUUCUGGCCCAUCAUAUCCUCGUUAACGCCAAUGAGGAAUUGACUCAGUUCAACGCUUUCUCUAGGUGGCUUCGCCAUGAGAUUGACAUGCAAUCAGCGGAACCCAUGUCGCAGACCCUCGAGGAGUUGAUGGAGAAGACAGAUAUGGUCGAAUACCCGCAGACUCUGAAGUACAUUCGAGGCGCUCUCACAAAAAGUGCGCUCCGCAGCUUCAUCCGGCAAUUACCUUUGAUGGGGGUUCCGAGGCCACCAGUCCCAAUGGAUUCUUCAGACAAAUGGGCUCCCACAGGUCAGGACCGCUCAUUUUACGAAACUGUCAGAGGAUUGCUGGAACAGCAGAGUCAGGGUUCCGGCGAAAUUGAAGCAGUGCAAUCCCCAAAGAUGAACGACUUGACGAAACGUCUGGGGUUGCAAUUUGAUAAGGUGUUUGGGCAGAUUGCUUUGACGCAGCGCAGAGGUAUUCUGCAUCGAACACCCUUGAUCCUCCACCCGGACUGUGAUCGGGAUGUCAUUGAUAUCACUAUGUGUUACGAGGCUACGGAGGAGAACGAAGACGUAUGUACAAUCUACGUUGCGACCAGAUCAGUCAAGAACAAGCAUCUACUCUGCUUUUACCGUGUGGUCCUGGAGUCCGAGAAUGGAGUGAGCUCUACGCGAAGCACCUCCAUCGCCGUCGUCGAUCUUAAGGGCGGGGAGAUCCGGCAGGUCCAGUUUGUGGAGGAUGACACAGCGAUGGUUCUAUGGUCGAGUGAGAAAGGAACAUCCUAUCUACUCAGCCUACCCUUCCAGGAUGCACCAGCCUCGAAUGGCGAUGGAGAGACUUUGAAUUCCGUCUCCAUCGAGUACCGUGAGGAACCUGACGAGACAAGCGCACAGCUGACCGCUACGAUGGAUUUGGACAUACUUGCGCCAAGCUCCCAGGACCUAGAUAUCAUCAAACAUAGCUUCAUCGGCGCCAAGGGCAAAGCUCGGCCCGUGAGGAUAGACGUCAAUGGCCGCCGCGGUCGCCGGGCGAUCUGUGUCCUGUACGGCGACGGGAUACGAUAUGAGGUCUUAGAUUUGGAUGCGGAAAUGGGCGAUGACGAGGAUGAGGAUGAAGAAGAGGAGGACCUGGAUGAGGAAAUUGAGGAUGUGGAAGACGAAUGAAUUCAAGCACUUCAACACUUCCCAUCAGACACACCUGAGAGUGGUCUCAAGGACUGUCUCACUUCUGCCGGAGAGAGAGGCCCACAUAAACACCAGCAAUUGCUAGGGAAGGGCGUGUGUUCAGCCUGUGGUUUCCAGCGUGCCAGAUUCCACUGACCCUCAGGCCGAGACACAUCUGAAUCUACAAGCCGCAGAAAAAAUUCCCC